UGCAUCUGUUUGACGAGCUGUCCUGUGAGGACGUCAAGAAGUGCACCAGAGGCUUGGUGAGUGUGUAUGUACAAGUAAAAUAAGAUGUUCCUAAUCUAUGAAUCAGAAUAAGACAAUACUUAGUGUGAGUGAUAAUCUAUUACAGGCUAAAAAGGCAGUUAUGUAAGGAGUAACACACGACGGGCCGUGCUGUUUCAUUUGAAAAUAUCGCACACCUUCUGACCAAUCAGAUUCGAGCAUUCAAGUGCGCUGUGGUAUAAAAAUAAAACUACCACAGUGUGUCAUUAAACAGACACCGAGGAGCCGUCGCUGGCCCGAUUUAAUGUAAAUCUGACAUGCGUUUAAAGCAUUUGUAGAAUAAAUGAUGAGUAACAGCCUUAUCUGGUGUGUUCUAUAGUCUUAUCGUCACCUCAACAAUAAAAAAAAAUCCAUUCUUGCACAGUAGCGUGUUUAGACAGGAAGUCAUCAAGCUGUAGGUCAAGGCCACAGGGAGUUAAAAAUCACAUGACCUCCAGUCAAAAGAGUGAUGCGUGUGUUGACCUUGAUUAGCACUCAUAAAACUCUGAUACGAAUAAAGUGUCGUUAAACAUUACUGUAACUCACAUGUUAUUGAACUGUUACUGACUCACGCUCAGCCUGUCUUCUGUAGAAACAGUGGUGUGUGUGUGUGUGUGUGUGUGUGUGUGUGUGUAGUGUAGUGUGAGGCAGGAAGCACCAGUGUGGUAAAGAGUUCACAUGCUAGUGCAAGUCUGCAAGCUUUUUCCGCCAAGGUGCAGUGGGAGUAUCUGCAGAGAGAGAGAGGGAGAGGGGGAGAGAGAGAGAGAGAGAGAGGGAGAGAGAGAGGGAGAGAGAGAGGGAGAGUGAGAGAGAGAGAGGGGGAGAGAGAGAGAGAGAGAGAGAGAGAGCGAAUCAUUCAGUCAGUCAGAGACUGCAAUGAGAGAGUGGGAGAUAAAGGAAGAGAGAAAUAGAGAAAGAGGUAGAGAGACAGACAGCGAGAGAGAGAGAGAGAAAGAUAGGUAGAGAGACAGACAGUGAGAGAGAGAGAGAGAAAUAGAAAGAUAGGUAGAGAGACAGACAGCGAGAGAGAGAGAGAGAGAAAUAGAAAGAUAGGUAGAGAGACAGACAGCAAGAGAGAGAGAGAGAGAAAUAGAGAGAGAGAGAAAUAGAAAGAUAGGUAGAGAGACAGACAGCGAGAGAGAGAGAGAGAGAAAUAGAAAGAUAGGUAGAGAGACAGACAGCGAGAGAGAGAGAGAGAGAAAUAGAAAGAUAGGUAGAGAGACAGACAGCGAGAGAGAGAGAGAAAUAGAGAGAGAGGUAGUGAGAAAGACUGAAAAAGAGCAAUAAAGAGAGAGAAAGAAAAAAGAGAGACAGAGAAAGAAGAGAGGGAGAAAUAAAAACAGGUAGAAAGAAAGACAGAAAGAAGGAGAAAGUGAGAGAUAGAGAGAGGGGAAUGUGAGAAAGACAGAGAGAGAGAGAAAGAGAGUGAGGCGACAGAGAGAGAGGUAGACAUGCAGAGAGAAAGAUUGUGUGUGUGUGAGAGCGAGAGAGAGCGAGAGAGAGUGAGAGAGAGAGAGAGCUAAUUGGUGAAGCGCUUGUGUAACCAGAGUAAGUGGAGGCAGGAUCAGUUCACAGGAACAGAAACAGAUCUCAAGAGGCCUGGGAGAGAAGAAAGAGAUACUGGAUACCUGCAACACGCUGACCACACGCACACACACACACACACGCACACUCACACGCACACACACACACGCACUCUCUCUCUCUCUCUGAGUCGGAGAGGCACAGUGUGUGUGUAUGUGUGUGUGUUGGUGUCAGUGUUGUCAGCAUGCUGAAUUUGGUGCAGAGCUCCCGGCCGCUGAGAGAGAAAAGUAGGCUGCAGGGAAGCUGUGUGCACGAGCUCAUCUCUCUCCCUCCAGCCUCGUCCUCCUCCCACACCGUCAGCAAGUACAACUCACAGUACCACAAACUCUUCCACAACGUCCCCAAGGACGAGGACCUCAUGAAGGUGUACUCCUGUGCUCUGCUGCGAGACAUCCUGCUACAAGGCCGACUCUACAUCUCCCGAAACUGGCUGUGUUUCUACGCAAAUCUCUUUGGGAAGGACAUUAAGGUGUGCAUCCCCGUAGUGUCUGUGAGGCUGGUAAAGAAACAUAAGACAGCGGGCCUCGUCCCCAAUGGCCUGGCCAUCACCACAGACAGCAGUCAAAAGUAUGUGUUUGUGUCUCUGCUGUCCAGAGACAGUGUGUAUGAUGUGCUCAGGCAGAUCUGCACACACCUACAGGUCAAUGGCAAGAAGAGCCUCAGCUUCAAGCAGUACAUGGAGCAGCCGACAUCUUUAUCUCUGGAAGAAUUCCCCGUCCCUGAUGAGUACCCAGUGGCCGCUGAUGAGUUCACUCCGGUGCUGAAGUGGCGGAGGAAGCCGUCGGUGGCGUCCGUCUCUUCGUCCCUGCCUGAUCUACUGGGAAACUCCACCAGCAACCUGAGUGCUGUAGACACGUCGUUUCAGCCCAGUGAGCCUCUCCAGGAGAGAGCUCUAGAGUCUGAGAAGAUCCUCCUCACAGAGCCUGUACCAGAACUGGGCCAGAUGGAGUACCAGCUGCUGAAGUUCUUCAUCCUGCUAAUUAUCCUCCUCAUUCUGUCCUCGUGUUACCUGGCGUUUCGUGUGUGUAGUCUGGAACAGCAGCUCUUGUUCCUCAGCAGCCAAGUAGCGCUCCCCCUGCAGGAGAGGUAGCCGAGGGUGUCCUGACCUGAACACGAUGCAGGCCGGAUCUGUUUUUUUUUAUCGCUGCAGUGAAGUGGAGACACCGGCCUGUUUCAUAAUCUGAUUUUUGCAUAGACGGACUAAAUGAAGACGGGAUGCGGCACUGCGGGUUUUUCAGUGCUAGAGGAUGGAGGAAGAAGUGAACCGCAGGUCAUGUAAUGAGCACUUAGGAGCACGUCCUGCUGGUCUGCUGAAACAGGAACAAUGUUGAAGUAACUACAGCAGAAACAUCCUGCAGGAAAAUUGAUCGUGCAUCCGAGACCUUUAGUCGGCUCAUAAUUUCUGGGAUCGACCACCGUUCAUGCCUUGCCCUCUUCAAGCACACAGUGUGAGGGGUGAAGGCAGGUAUGAGCUGUUCAGUCAGCCAUGUUUCAUUGCUCAUCAUGAUUGCCGUCUAAAGUCAUUAAGGAAUUCUGCAGGUGAGAAUAUAGGAAGAACUAAAGGUCUAACCACACGUGUUUAAUUAUGCAAACAUGACUUACACUCUCUAACCCGUUAAACUCCCCGGACCUAUCAUGUUCUCCAGACUUCAUUUUCUAUUUCUUCACUUUUGUACUUCUGCACAUUUCCAACAGUUUUGCUUGAAUUGUUACUGAAUAAUUCAUUCACAGUCGCUACUGAAAAACAUGACAUGCUUUACGGGAGUUUACCAGGUCAAACACUGGAUGUAUUUAUUUCCUCAAGCUGUAGCCUAUUUCUGUUGCACUCAGGACAGACAUUACUCUCACCGCACAUGAACGCAACAGCACUCAUCUUUUUAUUUAUGUACUUUAUAGACGACAAUAAUGUGAAGCUGGAUCACCUGACCAAGUCAGUACAUUUUAUAUUUACAGGUUAUGCAGGUAGCAAGAAAAACGACCUUCUAAUGAAUAUUCCUUCAGUACUAUUUACUGUUUUGCAGGAAAUAUAACCCCGUUUAUAUGUAUAUGUUUAUCUGUAACCACUGAACCUGCACAUUAUGUAAACUGUGAAUGCAUUUCAUAUAAAUAAGCAGGAUAUGUUCAAAUGUCACAUGACACACUGAAGCACUACCAUGUGGAUAUCAUGGCCAAAACUGUUCUGAAUAUCUGACACAAAAGAAUUUUAAGGGAUUAAUGUAACUGUCAUGAAAUAUUAUUAUUAUUAUUAUUAUUAUUAUUAUUAUUAAGUACUCCAGACUGUAAUGUGAUGAUCAGGGUUUUUUUCUUUUUUAAUUAAAUAA